CGAGGAGCUUAACUCCUAACCUCCUCAGAUUAGAUUCUGAGAUAUAAAGUAGGAAGAAACUGUCCUCUUGAUGGCCAGUUUCCUUUGAUCAGCCAUCGUCCCGAGACAGUAAUGAAACUGACAGCCGCCCUCCUCCUUGCUCCGCUGGCACUCGCCGCGGCAGCACCGAAGCCGAAUGCGCACAUUUCAUACGACGGAUACAAAGCUUACCGCAUCUCAUCCGGGCAAAAUGCUGCCUCCAUCAGGAACAAACUUGCCAAGUUUGCCGCAGUGCAAUUCAACAACUUCAACUUCAAUCCGAAUCAGGCGCUUGAUGUUGCAAUUGCUCCCGACGAGAUACCGGCUUUUGAAAUUUUGGGUCUGAGUACCGAGGUGAUGAGCCAAGAUCUUGGUGCCGACAUUGCCCAAGAAGGACCCCUUGCUUCAUACGAGAGGGUUUCGGCCCAGGCUGUCCCGAGCCUGACGUGGUUCAACUCGUACCAUGCGUACAACGAUCACAUCACUUUCUUCAAUGACCUUCAGGCUGCGUACCCCCAAAACUCGGAGAUCUUCAACGUUGGAAAGUCCGUCCAGGGCCGGAACAUCUUUGGGAUCCAUCUUUGGGGAAGCGGCGGGAAGGGAUCCAAGCCCGCAGUGUACUUCCACGGCACUGUCCACGCCAGAGAAUGGAUCACUGCCAAGGUUGUCGAGUACAUUACCUACCAGCUCUUGGUCGAGUACAACAACGAUACAGCAGUGACAGCCAUCCUCAACAAUUAUGACUUUUACAUUCUGCCCUUCGUCAACCCUGACGGUUUCGUGUACAGCCAGACGAGUGAUCGCCUCUGGCGCAAGAACCGGCAGACGCGAUCCACCUCCAGCUGCGUGGGGACCGAUGUGAACCGCAACUGGCCCUACAAGUGGGAGCUUCCCGGGGGCGCGUCCACCAACCCAUGCAGCGAGACAUACAAGGGCCAGGCGGCCGGCGACACGCCCGAGAACAAGGCCCUGGUCAACUUCACCCAGACCCUCGCGAACGGCAAGGGCAUCAAGCUCUACAUCGACUGGCACAGCUACGGGCAGUACAUCCUGCUGCCCUACGGCUACAACUGCCAGGCGCGGGCGGCGAACCACGCACGCCAGAACUCACUCGCGUCGUCCGUGGCCGCGGCAAUCGCCAAGCCCUACGGCACACGCUUCACGUACGGCCCGUCCUGCUCGACGCUGUACACCACGACCGGGUCCAGCACCGACUACCUGACGGAUGUAGCCAAGUCCGAGUUGGCGUGGACCAUCGAGCUCCGGCCGACGAGCUCCUCGGGGAAUGGGUUCGUCCUCCCGGCUUCGCAGAUCUUGCCGUCCUCGGUUGAGCAGUGGGAGGGUAUAAAGUACCUGCUUGCGGCUAUGUAAUAGGUGAAGUGACAGUCAGGACAUAUGGUGUCAGAACGGGACGUCGCAGACAUGGGGUGAGCUCAGGCGUCGGUGAUGGUAGCCCAGGGGUACUCGGAGGGAGUGUCAGUACAAUAAGAGAGUGGGGAGGCUUUGGUUGUCUGGGGAUUGAUCUUCCGCAGCGUGGUCCAAGUACAUGCUCCGCGUUGAACGAAACAUGACGGCCGCUUCUGGCAUCCUAGGUCCCUAGGUCCGAAAUUUGAGCUCGUGAAGUUGACAUUUGUUAAACUUGAUAGUUUUCGGGUUCAAUUG